UCGAUUAACUCAAUUGACAGAAUCGCCCUUGUAUUUUGCGUUCUCGAGCAAGGGCAUUCCAGUCAAUUGGCUGAUCAACCUAUCAUGAUUGGUAUAAGCAGUCAACGUCGACGUCGUCCAGUAUUAUUUCUUCUAGCUCCAGGUUGUCCACAAAACCUUUCAUAAAUCGGAAUAAUCUCGGUAUCGGGCACACAUGGCGUACAAUCCGAACGGCAACGUUCGGAUGGACCCGCAGGUUGCCGCGGAGAGGGCCGUUUCAGUGAUUGGAUUCGGGUAUGAUCUGACGUCGGAUAUCCGGCUAUCAGCCUGCAAGCCCGGUCCUUCUGGGUCGGGUCUUAUUGAGAUGGACCGGGCACGAACGAAGGAGUUGGUUGUUCCCGGUAACGUCGUCGUUUCUAAUGUCUCUGCUGCCAUCAAGUGCGAUAAGGGCGAGCGCACAAGGUUUAGCUCCGAUGCUCUCUCCUUCAAUCAGAUGUCGGAGCAUUUCAACCAGGAAUUAUCUUUAUCCGGCAAAAUACCUUCUGGUCUGUUCAAUGCAAUGUUUGGCUUCAAGGGUUGCUGGCAGAAUGAUGCAUCUACCACAAAAAUUCUCGCUUUUGAUGGUUGGUUGAUUGCUUUGUAUACAAUUGAGUUGGAAAGAUCCCAAAUAUCUCUGUCUAAUAAAGUGAAACAAGAAGUGCCGUCUACAUGGGAUCCUGCUGCUCUGGCUGAGUUUAUUGAAAAAUACGGAACUCAUGUCAUUGUUGGGGUUAAGAUGGGAGGUAAAGAUGUAAUUCAUAUUAAGCAGCUUCAAAAUUCAAAUCUCCAGCCUGCUGAAGUGCAGAAAUUGUUGAAGCAGCUAGCUGAUGAAAGAUUUUGUGAAGAUGGAAAAGAAAACCUGAGAGUUAAGCCUGGUACUUCAUCAGGAAAGCCAAAGGUUGAACAAUCAAUGAUCUGGGAUCUUCAGUUGCCAUUUGCAAAUACAGUCAGACCACCUGUUGCUUCCCACUCCAAAACUGAUGAUCUACUAAGCAUUCAUAUCAGGAGAGGAGGUGUAGAUACUGGCCAAAGUCAUAAUCAGUGGCUUUCAACUGUAUCACAGUAUCCCAAUGUCAUAUCAAUGUCCUUUGUGCCUAUUGCAUCCCUUUUAAGUGGUAUUCGAGGAAGUGGUUUCUUAAGCCAUGCAAUCAAUCUGUACCUGCGAUAUAAACCACCGCUGGAGGAACUCACUCAAUUUCUGGAGUAUCAAUUGCCUCGCCAGUGGGCUCCUGCGUAUAAUGAUCUUCCUCUUGGUCCUCGCAGCAGGAAAAAAGCAUCUCCAGCUCUCCAGUUUACAUUAUUGGGUCCUAAGCUUUAUGUCAAUACUGUGAAGGUUGAUACUGGUAAUCGGCCUGUCACUGGCAUUCGCUUAUACUUGGAAGGCAAGAGGAGCGAUCACUUGGCCAUCCAUCUCCAGCACCUAUCAACUCUGCCUCAGUCUCUUCAACUUUCAUCUGAUAAUAGUUACGAACCACAUGAUGAAUCUAUAGACCGAGGAUACUUUGAACCCGUGAAGUGGAGCAUAUUCUCACACAUAUGCACUGCUCCUGUAGAGUACCAUGGCGCCCGGAUAGACGACUCCGCCUCUAUCGUGACCAAGGCCUGGUUCGAGGUUAAGGGUAUGGGAAUGAAAAAGGUCCUUUUCCUAAGGCUUGGAUUCUCAAUGGUAGCUUCCUCCGUAAUUCGACGAUCAGAGUGGGACGGAUCAACAAGCGUAUCAAAGAAAUCAGGAUUGAUUUCCAUGUUAAUGAGCACCCCAUUCAGCUCCGCUGCAAAUCAACCCCAGAAGCCUGCAAAGGUAGAUCUGAACUCAGCUGUUUACCCUGGAGGACCACCUUCGCCUGCAAGGGCCCCGAAGAUGUCACAUUUUGUCGAUACAAAAGAGAUGGUGAGGGGCCCUGAAGAUCCACCUGGGUAUUGGGUCGUCACCGGCGCAAAACUUUGCGUGGAGAACGGGAUGAUACGAAUUAAAGUGAAGUACUCCCUGUUGACUAUAGUUUCAGACGAGUCUUUGUUGAUGUGAGGAAAGUGGAAGGAGGAAUUCUCAUUUGAACAAAGUGUACCUUCUUGUUGUACAUGAUUUGUACAUUUACUAUUCUUAUACCAGCCAAGAUUAUUUGUUGCAAGUUUUCAUCCAUAGUUCAUUCUAUAUGUAUAAGCAAAGUAGAGUCGGACACUUGGAAGAAUAUUCCCGGGGAGUAGACAAUUGUACACAACUCUUGGAAAUUU